UUCCGUGUUUAUCUCGGUCUGCUGUUCGUCAUGCCUGAACCAGCGAAGUCCGCUCCUGCCCCGAAGAAGGGCUCCAAGAAAGCCGUUACCAAGGCGCAGAAGAAGGAUGGCAAGAAGCGCAAGCGCAGCCGCAAGGAGAGCUACUCCGUCUACGUCUACAAGGUGCUGAAGCAGGUCCACCCCGACACCGGCAUCUCGUCCAAGGCGAUGGGCAUCAUGAACUCCUUCGUGAACGACAUCUUCGAGCGCAUCGCCGGCGAGGCUUCCCGCCUGGCGCACUACAACAAGCGCUCGACCAUCACCUCCAGGGAGAUCCAGACUGCCGUGCGCCUGCUGCUGCCUGGAGAGCUGGCCAAGCACGCCGUGUCGGAGGGCACCAAGGCCGUCACCAAGUACACCAGCUCUAAGUGAGCUUGUUUUGCCAUCCUUUCUUUUCGUAUCCACCCAACGGCUCUUUUCAGAGCCACUCACAUCUAUCAAAAUGGAGCUUGUACACGUUUUAACUGAAAUAUGCCUAUAGUUACGUAGGUAUAUUAGUAUGAAUUUUUUCCUUCCUACCACUACCUAGUUAAAAGUGAUUCAACAUUAGUUUAUGGUCAAUCAAGCUAGGCAAACUUGCUUUAGAGCCCUUUUCCUGAGAGAAAGAUAAAUUAUUUAACGUUAA